UUUAUUAUUAUAUGACUAAAGGAAUGGUUGGCAAGUGAUGAUAUAUAGAGGGAGAGUAACGAAGAAAGAAAUUUGGAACGGAUACAGAGGCAGCGACGGUCAAGGUCCAGAAUCCAGAACCGAAUGAAUAACCCACUGCCCACAGAUUAUAGAAUUUUGGACUUGCACGCCGUCGUCUCCCACCACUCAAUCACCAUGCCUUCUCCUUCUGCAGAUCAAUCACAAUCCCAACCAAAACCUAACCCCAACCUCCUUUCCCUCUUCCUCAAGCCCAUCAUCAUGCUCCUUCUCACCUCCCUCUUCUUCCUCUUCCUCGGCUUCGCCGCCUUCCUCCUCCUCAACCUCUUCCUCCUCGGUGGCGCCUUCCACCGCCUUCGCUUCCGCCCCUCCGUUACCUCCGCCCCCGCCUCCUCCAUCGGCCUCCCCCCUCGUGAUAUCAACAACCUCCCCCGCUUUCUGCUCGCCAAAGGAUCCGCAAACCGACCCGACUCCCAUUGCGUCGUCUGCUUGGACGCCUUCCGCAACGCCCAGUGGUGCCGAAAGCUCGCCGCUUGCGGCCACGUGUUUCACCGCACGUGUGUCGACACGUGGCUCCUCAAGGUCGCCGCAUGCCCCACGUGCCGUACACCCGUGCGAUUUAAUGCCGGAACUACGGUUCAUGACCCGCCUCAGCGUUCUGACCAAUUUCAUACCUGCGGAACUGACUGCACUGCUCUCACCACCCUUUUAUAGCUUGUAAGUUUUAGUUUUAAGCCUUUUCCAAACCAUGUAAGCUUUUUUUUAAUCUAUGUAUAUGAAUUGUAGCAAUACUUUUUUCUCACAAAUGUUUUGGUAUUUUUUUUACUUCUAAGAAUAGGAGAAUGCCUUAAAAUCUAACUCUGUUCUUCUGAUCACCCUCACCUUCGUGCCACUUGCCUGUGGUUGUUUAAUUGCCCAGUGUUUUUGUUUUCAUGGAAAGUUUCACCGUUGUUAUU